AUGGCACCAGACAUAUCGAAAUCCCUGCCAAAAUCAGUAACAGAAAACGAUCUUGAGCACUUUCGGCAGGAAUGGCGUGCAGAAGUCGAACUCAGAAAGUCUCGUGCGCAGCAGCUCGAUGAUCAUUCGAGCCAGGCUUCCAAUGCAAGGGACAACAGGCUGCAUGUGGACGACUCGACGCAAACUACGACUUUGAGCCUUGAGAAUAUAGAGCAUUCUUUUCUAGAGUUGAGCUUGAGUGAACAGUUAAACAGAGAAAAGAAGGAAGCAGAGUGUGAUGGUGUCCCCAGGACUGCAUUGGAAUAUUAUGUCCGUGCUGUUGCUAAUGAACGAGAGGGGAACUUGAAUGAAGCGAUAAAGGGCUAUAAAAAAGCGAUAGCACUUGAUUCCGACAUCGAACAUAUCUAUCGUAAUCACUUUAAUGUCGACUCCCGUGACUCUCAACUCGAGAAUCAGACACUAUCCAACCAACGUUUACCUCAAAUAGACGGUGAUUCGCUCUUACCCCCCGGAUAUAGCGCUGAUGAGCUCGGCUAUACUAGUUCCUCCCGCUCUUCAAUAUACACGUACAUGAAUUCGCUCCUUAAUUCCUUUCAUGAAGGCUCAUUAGACUAUAUUCCUCUCAAACCCAAUAGUAUUGUGCAUAUAUCCAAAUUACCUAACGAAUUAAUAGUAAAUAUUUUGAAAACAUUGAUCUUUGAAGAUGUGAGGGGUGUUACAAGGUGCGCAUUGGUAUGCAAGAAAUUUUGUUUGUUAUCAUACGAGAAUUCUGUGUGGCGAUUCCUGUGUGAGAUUGCACAUUGCGGGUGGAACUUGUCUCUUACUGCGUCCACUCUGGUGUUAAAGAAGGACGUAUUGAAUUACGACAACAAUUGGAGGAGAAUGUUUAUUGAAAGACCCAGAAUACGAUAUGAUGGGGUAUACAUAUCCAGAUGCGCAUAUCCAAGAGCGGGCUCUGAUGAAAAUGCCUGGACUCAACCGAUUCACGUUGUAAUAUAUCAUCGAUUCCUAAGGUUCUAUGCAGACGGUAGUUGCACUAGUUUGUUGACUACCAGAGAACCGAAAUCGGUUGUUUACACAUUAGGACCUGAUUUCAGGUCAAAACAACUCAUGGCGGGCCAGUGGGGAUUCGAUGUCGAGAGUAGUACCGUCAACAUUGAACUUAAAGAUUUGGAUCUCCCAAAUCACACGUUUUACAUGACAUUGGAGCUAGAAUCGACACAUCGUGGUAAACACAACAAGUUACUAUUGCAUGAGUAUACGUGUGUUAAUAAUCUGACUAAUUGUGGGGAUAAUGUGAAAAUGGGCCGCGAGAGACCAUUUUUCUUCAGCAGGGUAGCCACAUAUCCUGUUGGGUGGUAA